ACUUUUCCUUCUAGCAGAGUUGCGCUGCUUUGAAAGAGGAACACGUUGGUACUUAACUCCCGCGGUUAAACUACGGGUAUUGCGCUGCCUAGUACAAGACUAAGGAAAACGUAUGGAUCUUUUUUAAGAGGCUUUAUCUCUGGAUAAAAAAAGACGGUAACACGUCGAGUUAUUUUGUGCGUAUCUCGCCGCAAUCUGAUAAGAUUCAGCUAUCAGCGGCUGCCAACAUUUGUAUACAGAAGAAGAAACUUCUAUUGGCAACAUGACUCUUCCGCGGUUCCUUUUCAGAUAUACGUGUUACACAACCGCUGCUUGAAAACUGCAACCUAGACGAAGCUGGAUGGACUUGAUCCAAAGCGUACAGUGGAAGUCGGGUCGUUUGCACUUGGCCAGACUAGGAUAACCAAGGCGCACCCACCUGAGCUGCCGCGGCAUCUUUACGCCUUUGUUGAAUUCGUGAAUAGAAAUAUUAUGGACAAUAUAAUCAAUUGUACAAUAUGUUAACAAAUUUGCUCAUUUGUUAUGCAGCUCAAACCAUGCGACGAUUAUAACAGUGUAUUGAUGUGAUGCAUGGCCUCGUGUUUUUUAAUAGACCUGAAAAUUAUUAAUCAGGUUAUUAUUGGUAGUCUGGUUAAUUAUAAAGGUCGGGUAAAACUAAAAAAAUAAUAAUAAUAAUAAUUUAAAAAAUUGUAACGUUACAGUGAGUAAGCCAUCAGGUGCAGUAUCGAAAGUGGCCAACUGUUUUGCAUAGCAAGCUUGUGAGAAAAAGACUCUGUGACUUUUGUGGUUUUGCUUGCUGAAGCAAAACUCCAAAAGCGUCACGUAGCUUGCAGUUACAUCCUGAACUUUGUGCUGCAGUGUAGCAGCCGCAGAAGCAUACUUUUUUUUGUCUUUUUUUUUUUUUUAAAGGACGCAUUUGAGCUAGUAACACUCCGUCACUCGGGGGGCAUCUGGUGAGGGAGGGAGAGCGCAGACGUCUCUGGACUGCAUUGAUCACGAAUUGAUUGCGGGACAUUGAUCCACUUCAAGACUUUUGUAUAAAGAAUCUUUUGGGGGAGAAAAAAAAACUGCUUAUUCUUAAAAAAAAAAAUUGUAUUUUAAGCAAGAAACAACCCCCACCAAAAAAAUAACCGUGUUGUUGUGCAACUCUAACCCGGGUGUUGUGAUGCGUAUUCCCGUAGACCCGACUACCAGCAGAAGGUUCACACCACCUUCGACGUCGUUCCCGUGCAGCAAGAUGGGAGAAAGCACCGGGCCGAUGGGCACCUCCGGCCCGGGUAGGACUCGACUUGAGACACGGUCUGUAGUGGAUGUUUUGUCAGAUCACGCCGGCGAAUUGGUUCGGACAGACAGCCCAAACUUCCUUUGUUCUGUGCUUCCUUCGCACUGGAGGUGUAACAAAACUCUGCCCGUGGCUUUCAAGGUGGUGGCGCUUGGAGAGGUCCCUGAUGGAAGUCUGGUCACAGUCAUGGCAGGAAAUGAUGAGAAUUAUUCCGGAGAACUCAGAAACGCUUCAGCCGUCAUGAAAAACCAAGUGGCUCGCUUCAACGACCUCAGAUUCGUGGGGCGGAGUGGAAGAGGUAUGUGAAGGUUAUAAUAAUAAUAAUAAU